UUCUCUUCGAGUGAUCUAGAGAUCCUUCUUCGAGAUCGUUCCGAACGUUCGGACAUGUUCCGCGUAAUCGAAUUCGCGAAUACGAAAAAGCGAAACCGUUCGAAUGGGCCAAUCGGCAUCGUUUACCAACGUACGCUUACCUUCCAAACGUAAUUCAGUUGUCUUGUUUACAACUGUGUAAGGCCCAUCUUCCCUUCUUAGAGUCUUGUCAUCCUUUUCUCUUUCUCUUUCUCUUUCUCUUUCUCUUUCUUUCUUUAUCCUAUAUUUUAUACUCCCGUGUGUCUUCUUCAGUUGUGUUUUAUCAUCGAUGUCCAUCCAGAUGUUGUUCCGCUCGUGAACGCGGAAGCGCAAAUGUUUAUACGUUAACUUGAAAUUGGAGAUAGGAAGGAAUCAUCUGCCUUAUCAACGUGUGAAAUAAUUCGAAGUAAACGAUGAUCUAGAAGAAAGAUGAAUGUUGGUUUUACCUCGGUGAAAUAUUUCGCGAUGAGAAUUUGAUAAGUAACGGUAUAGUAAAGCCAAAAACAAACAAAACAAGAGAAAAAAGAAGAAGAAGAAGAAGAAGAAAGAAUUCUUUGGUUAUCGAAUCCUGUUAGAAAGAAAAAGGAAUAGGAUCAUCUCGCUUUUCUUGGAUCAAUCGGCGAAGAUGUGGAUCGAGAGGAUCGCUAUUGGAACUCUGAAGAAAACUAGAUCGAUUUACGAUUCCGCGGUUGAAUAAAAAAAAGAAAGUAAGAAAAAGAAAAAAAAGGAAGAAGCAGAAGAAGAAGAAGAAGAAGAAGAAGAAGAAGAACCGUAAAAGUAUAGAGGAAUUCUUGACACGUAGUCACGUAGGACGCUUUUGAAAUUCAAGAAGACCUUACCUAUCGUUUCCGCGGAAACUGAAGAAGAGUCUCUGUUUUCGAAUUUGCUGGAUGGAAAAGAAUAAGAAAAGGAAGAAGAAGAAGAAGAAGAAGAAGAAGAAGAAGGAGGAAGAACGUAAGAGAAGAAAGAGAAAGAAGAUGUUAGAAAUAACUCCCAAGGCUUGGUUCAAUUAACGGUUCACCUAGAUCCAAACAAAAACAACGAACAAAUGAAUUAAAAAGAGAAUAGAACUUUAGGAUUGGGACAGAAUUGCAACAUCACAUCAUACGCGAUACUUCAAUUGGAUUGUGUAUUGUUACCUUUUCAUCUCGUUGUUUGUUUGUUUGUUUUAUUAGACAAAUUUCGAAUGGUCAUUGAAAAGAAAAGUAAUUCGUUUCAUUUCAAAAUGUCGGACUCAUUUUUCGCAAUAGAAACGUAUUAAUAAGCGAAUGGGUAUACGAGCGCGUUCCUAUAGUCUCGAGAAAGAAAGAAAGGGUGAUAAGGAUUUAAACGUGCUCGCAAAUCCUGCGAGAACAAAUAAUAUGUGUUUUGGAGGCUUGCCGCGAGCCGGAAGUCGCGAUUGGCCCGCCAAUUUUGAACCUGGUAUGGGCAUGCUCUUACCGGAUGAAACAUACGAGGAACGUUCCUCCUUUAAUUCGAUAAGCAAUAAUACUACUGAGGAUCUUUUCGAUGAUAUCAACGAAUACGAAGCUGCUAAAGCAUUAGCUGUUUUACAAAAAUGCGACGAUUUUUUGAAGAGGAACGGCAUCAAGCCAGAAUUUUUCUGCAAACAUCGAGAAAAAUUGGCACUGCAGAGUUGGCUUCUACAAAAAUCAAAAUUGUCUUCCGAUGCUUCAUCCUCGAACGAAGCUGUACACCUACAGCAACGUCUAAAGAGCCUGAGCACGGAACUGGUGACCCUGAGGAACCGGCUACAUGUAAGCCAACCUCCAAACGGUGGUUCAGUGCCGUCACCAGGAACGCAAGGUGCCCUGUCGAAAAAUCCUGAGAAGGGUACUUCUGUUGUUGGUGGUGUUGGUGUUAAUAGCAACACUGGUACUGGUGGUACUGGUAAUGGUGCACCUUCCUCGCCAGCACCAGCCGUACCACCAAGGACCAGCUUACCACCUGCAUUCACGGUAUCCCAUGGAAUCGGCCAUCCGAAUGGUCACUCGUCCAACCAUUCCACCAGUCACACGCUCACGGCAUCCGCGAUCGUUCAUCCUCACGUCAAUCACGCCUCUACGAACACACUCAGCCACAACGCAACUGUUGCGAAUAAUUUCAUAUCUGGAUGGGACAAUUGUGAUGGGAUAUUGAAGUAUAAUGGUAACGUUGGAUGGUUAGAUUUAGAUCCAACGAAGCGGCACAACGGCGUGUCGGAUGAUGGUAUAGUAUCUUGCGUGACAGCCCUUGGUUGCCUACGAUCACCCCCAAUCUCCAGUAUUAUCGCCGACGUGAAGAACGCUAAGAGUAAUCAAGGCCAGCAUCGAUGUCUCCCAAAAACUACCACACCGACCACCACUGGUCCACCAACCUCCACGGCCUUGGACGAUCUCAUUCAUUUACCCGGACCUCUCACGGAGGACGCGGUACUCAAAUGCCUUCAGGCUCGUUUUUGUGCUAAACAAUAUCACACAAACGUGGGUCCUAUCUUGGUCAGCAUCAAUCCCUAUACGGAUGUUGGAAAUCCCUUGACCUUGACGAGUACCAGGGCCGUACCAUUAGCACCCCAAUUGAACAGGGUCGUUCAAGAAGCCGUAAGGCAACAAUCAGAGACUGGCUAUCCACAAGCAAUAAUACUUUCUGGAACGAGCGGAUCCGGGAAAACGUAUGCCUCAAUGUUAUUACUUCGGCAACUUUUCGACGUAGCUGGCGGUGGCCCGGAAACAGACGCUUUUAAACAUCUGGCAGCUGCAUUCACGGUUCUUAGAUCUUUGGGAUCUGCUAAAACUGCCACGAACUCGGAAAGUUCGAGAAUAGGUCACUUCAUCGAGGUACAAGUUACAGACGGGGCAUUGUACAGAACGAAAAUUCAUUGCUAUUUCUUAGAUCAGACUAGAGUGAUCCGACCAUUACCAGAUGAGAAAAAUUAUCAUAUAUUUUAUCAGAUGUUGGCUGGAUUGUCUCACGAAGAAAGAGUAAAACUCAAUUUGGAGGGAUAUAAUCUGAAAAAUUUGAGGUACUUACAAAACGGUGAUACUCGACAGGACGAAGCCGAAGAUGCGAUAAGAUUUCAAGCUUGGAAAGCAUGUUUGGGUGUUCUCGGUAUACCUUUCCUCGAUGUUGUAAGAGUACUAGCUGCAGUGUUGAUUCUCGGUAACGUGGGAUUCACCGACGGACCUGGUGUUGAGGUUGGUGUAAUCGGAGAAAAUGAACUCGCUUCAGUGGCUGCACUUUUGGGGGUUCCACCACCUGCUCUUCUCAGAGGUCUUACAUCGAGAACCCACAAUGCUCGAGGACAACUGGUUAAAUCGGUUUGCGAUGCAAACAUGUCAAACAUGACGAGAGAUUCCCUGGCCAAAGCUCUUUAUUGUCGUACCGUGGCAACCAUUGUCAGAAGAGCUAAUAGUUUAAAAAGAUUAGGAUCAACACUUGGAACUCUUUCAUCCGAUUCUAACGAAUCUGUUCACAAUCAAGCCGAAGUCACCAGUCAGCAUGCCUCCACUAUUGGCAGCUCUGCUGGUGGGACAGGUUCAAGGAGCAUGACAGCUUUAAAUAACGCCGUGAGACAUGCCACAGAUGGUUUUAUAGGAAUUUUAGAUAUGUUCGGAUUCGAAGAUCCCAAGCCAAGUCAAUUGGAACACCUUUGUAUAAAUCUCUGUGCCGAGACUAUGCAACAUUUCUAUAACACACACAUAUUUAAAAGUUCUAUCGAAAGUUGCCGCGAUGAAGGUAUUAGGUGUGACGUUGAGGUGGAUUAUGUUGACAAUGUACCUUGUAUCGAUCUCAUUUCUUCUUUGCGAACCGGUCUGCUCAGUAUGUUGGACGUAGAAUGUUCAAUACGUGGUACUGCGGAAAGUUACGUAGCUAAGGUGAAAGUUCAACACAAGCAAAAUCCUCGACUCUUCGAACCUAGACCAGUAGAUUGCAGAUCUUUCGGGAUUCAACAUUUUGCUGGCAGAGUCACGUACGAUGCAUCAGACUUUUUAGACACCAACAAGGAUGUUGUUCCCGAUGAUUUAGUCGCAGUAUUUUACAAACAUACUUGCAGUUUUGGUUUCGCUACUCACUUGUUUGGCAGUGAACUAAAAGCUUUGUACGCAAAUGAUACGGUACCGAGAGGUGUCAGUUUUAGGAUAUCACCGACUUCCCAUACGGAUCUUUUAAACGGGGAUGAACCAAUUUCAACGUUAACGCAAGAUUUUCACACGAGGUUGGACAAUCUGUUGAGAACUUUGGUUCACGCUAGGCCACAUUUUGUUAGAUGCAUUAGAAGCAAUGGGACUGAAACUCCUAUGCAUUUGGAUAGAGGUGUAGCGAUGAGGCAAAUACGUUCUCUGCAAGUUCUUGAAACUGUUAAUUUAAUGGCUGGUGGUUAUCCGCAUAGAAUGAGAUUCAAGGCGUUUAACGCGAGGUACAGAUUGAUCGCACCUUUCAAACAAUUGCGCCGUGCUGAAGAACAAGCUGUCGAGGAUACCAAACUUAUUUUACAGAAUGCCCAACAAUUGAAAAAUAAAUUUGGAGCUAGUACGAGUUGGGCACUUGGAAAGAGACACAUUUUCCUUAGCGAGGGUAUACGUCAACAGCUUGAGUGCUUACGUUCGGAGACAAGAAGGAAAGCUGCUACAGUGAUCCAGACUACGUGGAGAGGUUGGCGAGUACGAAGAAGAUGGCCAUUAAGAAGAACGAUGUGUGUGUCAACUGUCAUUGGUCAGAAAAAACUUCAACAAGCAACAACUGGUAAUACGGGAACCGUUCAAAGAAAUGUUACAACUGGAACAGGAACUGGAACUGGUACUCGUCCUAGACCACAACCAAUUGCUGGAACACCUCCGCCAGAUCCUUCGGAAAAAUGUGCUGAUCAAAAGAUGAUUCAACAAACUUGUACACUAUUUGGACUUGAUUUGGAACGUCCACCACCAUUACCACCGAGUAGAUCUUACACCGUGGCUGGUAAUACAAAAAUAGGAUAUCCUCAAACGAGGAUCAUGGAGAUGCCUUUCCCAGAAGAAGGGGAAGGAGAAGUAGUAUUAUUGAAAGGUGAAACUGUGUUAGUCGUUGGAGCAUCUCCGAGACGAGGACAUCUUUUAGUAGAACAUAACAAUACUACAUUACACGUGCCGUAUCAAUUCAUGGAAUUGAAACAUAAUAAUCACGUUUAAUAAUGUAUUCGUUUAUGAUUUUAAUCACACGAAACUAUUAAUAUUUCAACAAUUUAUUUGAUAAACUUGUCAACAUUUGUUUUAA